UAUAAAAUCUCUCAGCCUUUGGAUCAUCUCUAUCGCUCACAUUUACCUGGAUUUUCCCAAUAUUCUCUCGGAUUUUUCAACACUUGGGAUCUCCGCCGAUUCCACUUUCUGAGAGAGAGAGGCCGCCAUGGACAGGGAGAGUUCAAGAAACCAACAUGAAGAACAAGUGUGGGAAACGCCGGCCAUUGAUGAUGAUAAUCAAUCGGCCGAUAAAGUCUUGGUGGAGGCUGCUUUCAAGUCGACGCCGGUACCGCCGUGGACCCAGCAGAUAACGUUGAGGUCUAUGGUGACUAGCCUUAUUCUGAGUUUGGUAUUCAACUUUAUUGUCUGUAAGCUUAAUCUCACCACCGGUGUUAUACCAUCACUCAAUGUGGCCGCCGGAUUGUUGGGUUUCGCCGUCAUCAAAGCAUGGACCACCACUCUCGCAAAGGCUGGACUUUUGAAACAUCCCUUCACUAGGCAAGAAAAUACCGUCAUCCAAACAUGUGUCGUCGCCUCAUCGGGAAUUGCAUUCAGCAGUGGCACUGCAAGUUACUUGUUGGGGAUGAGCCCCUAUGUAGCAAGUCAAGGAGGCAGUGGAAAUAUGCCAGAGAAUGUGAAGAAACUCUCUGUUGGUUGGAUGAUUGGUUUUCUCUUUGUUGUUAGCUUUGUUGGGUUGUUCUCCAUUGUUCCCCUCAGAAAGAUAAUGAUCCUGAAAUACAAGUUAACAUAUCCUAGUGGGACUGCAACUGCAUAUCUUAUCAACAGUUUCCAUACCCCCAAAGGUGCAAAGUUAGCAAAGAAACAAGUUCUUGUUCUCUUUAAAAGCUUUGCCUUUAGCUUUGUGUUUGCCUUUUUCCAAUGGUUUUACACCGCUCUUGAUGGAUGUGGAUUUUCUAGCUUUCCUACUUUUGGCCUCCAAGCGUACAAACAAAAGUUUUACUUUGAUUUUUCAUCAACAUAUGUUGGUGUGGGGAUGAUUUGUCCAUAUAUGGUGAAUGUUUCUUUGCUUGUCGGAGCCAUCAUCUCUUGGGUAUUCAUGUGGCCAGCGAUUGAGAACAAGAAAGGCGAUUGGUAUAGUGCUGAUCUACCGUCAAGUAGUCUCCAUGGUCUUCAAGGAUAUAAGGUGUUUAUUGCUAUUGCUAUGAUGCUUGGGGAUGGUUUAUACCAUGUUGUCUUCAUGUUAAUCAAAACUAUUCUCAGCCUAAUUGCUAACUCUAGAAAGGACUCGUCUAUUGUUGACCCUGCUGGUGCUGAUGCUCAGACGGUAGACUACGAUGAAGUUAGACGAACUGAGUUCUUCCUAAAAGAUCAGAUUCCGAAUAAGGUAGCCAUUGCUGGCUAUGUUGCCCUUGCGAUCGUAUCCAUAAUUGCUGUCCCCUUCAUCUUCCACCAACUAAAAUGGUAUCACAUUUUAGUUGCCUACAUCAUUGCCCCAGUAUUGGCCUUUUGCAAUGCUUAUGGUUGUGGUCUCACUGACUGGUCUCUAGCCUCCAACUAUGGAAAAUUGGCCAUUAUCAUUUUCAGCUCGUGGGUUGGCCUUGAACACGGUGGUGUCAUUGCCGGUCUUGCAUCAUGCGGUGUGAUGAUGAGCAUUGUUUCUACAGCCUCUGAUCUGAUGCAGGACUUCAAAACAGGAUACCUUACCCUGUCAUCUCCCCGCUCUAUGUUUUUCAGCCAAGUAAUUGGGACUGCAAUGGGUUGUGUCCUGACACCAUUGGUCUUUUGGUUCUUCUAUAAGUCUUACAAUAUCGGUGACCCUGACGGCACCUAUCCGGCACCUUAUGGUCUCUUAUACCGUGGAAUUGCACUUCUCGGUGUCGAAGGCAUCUCUUCCCUCCCCAAAAACUGUCUUAAUCUUGUCAUCGCAUUCUUUCUUAUCGGAUUUGCCAUAAACUUGAUUCAAGAGCUGUUGAGGCGUUAUGAGACGAGAUUCGGGAUUUAUAGGUUCAUUCCAAGUCCCAUGUGCAUGGCUAUUCCUUUCUACCUUGGUGGAUACUUUGCCAUAGAUAUGUGCGUGGGGAGUCUGAUUUUGUUCAUGUGGGAGAGGAGUAACAAGAAGAAGGCUACCGACUUUGCACCGGCGGUGGCAUCGGGGCUCAUCUGCGGGGAUUCGUUGUGGAGUGUACCGGCUGCUAUUCUGGCACUUGUGAACGUUACUCCUCCUCUUUGCAUGAAGUUUUUCAGUGUCAAACAGCUCAAUGAGCUCAUGAAAGGAAGCUAAUGCACUGCGUCGGCCCACACGUGUACAUACGGUGCAGCAGCUAUCCUAUCACUUUAUAUUUUAGGAUUUCAUGGUCAGGUUUUUAUAUUUAUCUGUUUUUUGUGGUUGGGAAAUUUGGAUUUAGUGGUUGCGUGUGUGUGUUUUGUUAGUUUG